AUGAAGGUUUUAACCUACAUCAAAGAGAAGGCGGGCGAAUUCACAUCUAACUUUAACCAUUUCUAUUUGAUACCUUUAUUUGGUUUCAUCUGCUGGUAUACUCUAUUCUUAGCCCUAGUUGGGAUAUGGUGUGUACGAGGUAACCAAUCAUACGUAGCAUACGACGAAUUUGUAAAACCAUUACCUUUGGAAAGAAUUGGUGCAAUUGAAGUUCCAGUAUUUUUCUGCAUCUUCAUAUUUAUCCAUGCCAUUAUAUUUUGUAUAUCGAUGUACUUGGAAUUUUAUCACAGAAAAAUUGGAAAGUUGAUAAAGUUUGCCAAACCUCACUUACAGACUAGAUUGGCAUAUGCAUCACUUGUGUUUGGAUUUAUUGCUCAAUGCUUUUUUGUAAUUCAGGCCGUUAGAUCAACAGUAUUGAUCAAGCAAAGGAAGAGAGCAGAAACUCAUUACGCCAUUUUCUUAGCAGUAUUUGCAAUACUUGUGUUAGUGUCUUUGGCUCUAAAUUUCGUCAAUUAUUAUAUUAUGGGACAAUAUUACCGACAAUAUGUAAAUGGAGAGAGAUGGAACAAAUUCACCAAUUCCUUCCUCCUAAAAGUAAUUUGGUUGAUCGUGACAAUUGUUUUGGCAGUCACAACAUGUGUGUUUUAUGUCACUGGUAAAGCGAAGCCGUCAAGGAUAUUAGAAUGGGCCUUUCAUUUUUGGUAUGGAUUGUUAUUGGCGUUUUGGACUUAUGAUUUAUACCCAAUUACUGAACUCAAGGCAUUGAGAGAAAAGGCAAAUGGAACACAUGAAGAAAGCACAACUAGGAAGUUGAUCAAUAAAAUGUCUUGGAGUCAUCACAAAACAUUCACUGGAGUAAGGGAGUCUGUCAUCGAAGUUUCAUCCAACUUAGAGAUCGGCUCUUCCAGCUCGUCUCCAGAUUCGCCAGGAAUAGACUAUAUGGCAAAUUACCCAGGAAUACACCACUAA